UGGAUGCAAAAUCAUAAUUCCUGUAAAACCCUAACCCUAGAUUCUCUCUCUCUGAACUUCUUCCCUCACUCCUUCAUUUCACUGCAAAGAAUCUCCUUGAUCCUAUUCGCAGAAAUGAGACACCAAUGGCGUCUUCUCCAUCUUCUCCGCUCCCACAACCACCACCAUCUUCACGCGCUUCGCUCUUCCCCUUCUCCUUCGAUCCCUCGCUUCACCACCACUGCAAAAUCAAUCCCUUCGAUCCCAAUUUUCCUUCGCACAUUCUCCUCCGAGCCCGUCCUCGCACAACAACAAGCUGAUACCGACAGCCACCUUCUCGUAAUAUCCGAGGUUUUCUCGAAACCCAGGGAUGUGAACGACAUCAAGAGCCGCCUCGAUUCGAAUCGCGUUUCCAUCAACCACGACGCGAUCAACGGGAUUCUCGCGAAGCUCGAUUCCAAUGCUGACGUCGCGAGGAGGUUCUUCCGGUGGGUUCUGGAAACCGAUCCGCAGAGAUUGAGCUCCAAAUCGUACAACUUGAUGCUUCGCGUUUUGGGAACCAAUGGUUUCACUGAGGAGUUUUGGGAAUUGGUGAACGAGAUGAAGAAGAAGGGUUAUGGGGUCUCUAAAAAUGUCCACGAUCGGGUUUUGGAGUAUUUUGAGAAGAAUGGAAUAAAGGAUGAUGCAUCGAAGUUGAAGUGUUUAUUUGAUAACGGUUCAUUGAGUAGUAACUCCAGUGAGAAAAUUUGGGUUAGGGUUUGUAAGAUUGUUAAGCACAAUGUUUGGAGUGAUGAUGUUGAGAAGCAAAUUAGGGAAUUGAAUAUGGAGUUUUCGGGCGAAAGGGUUAACUUGAUCAUAGAGAAGUUAGGCGGCGAGGAGCCGAAUAAGGCAUUGAUAUUUUUCCGGUGGUUGGAGGAGAGUGGAUUGUAUAAGCAUGAUGGAAGUAGUUACAAUUUCAUGGCUAGGGCAUUGGGGAGGGAAGAUAUGAUUGAUAGGUUUUGGAAGCUUGUUAGUGAAAUGAGAAGUGCAGGGUUUGAAAUGGAGGAUGAGACGUUUUGUAAGGUUCUGGGGAGGUUUUGCAAGAGGAGGAUGAUGAAGGAUGCAGUUGAGCUUUAUGAAUUCGCAAUGGCCGGAGAGAAGAAUAAUAAGCCUUCGCCUGAGUGCUGCACCUUCCUGUUGAGGAAGGUUGUUUCUAAUAAGGAGUUGGAUAUGAAUUUGUUUUCGAGGGUUGUGAAAGUUUUUACUGAAAAUGGGAAUGUGUUGACAUAUUCAAUGGUUGAUUCUGUUCUUAAGUCUUUGACCAGUGUUGGUAGGAUUAGAGAGUGGAAUAAGGUUUUGAAAGAAUUGGAAUGCUAUGGUUUUGUUGCUAGAAGUAAUCUACAGAGUAGGAUUGCGUAUCGACUCAGUGCUUCCGGUAACAAGGAAGAAGCUGGUGAUUUUGUGAAUGGCGUCGAGGCAUCUGGAUCCGCAGAACGCAAGACAUGGGAGUCUUUAAUUGAGGGACACUGUGUUGCUGGAAACCUUGACAAAGCCUUUGAUUCUUUGAAGGAGUUCGUCGACAAAGAAGGUGUGAGUUCUGCAGGCUAUGCUUUCGAUGUGCUGGUUAAUUCAUAUUGCCAAAUGAAGAAGGCGAAAGAUGCAAGCAACAUUCUCUCUAAGCUGGUGAAUGAAAAAGGAUUGAAGCCAUGGCAUUCGACCUACAAGCUGCUCAUAACUAAGCUUUUGGCUCAAGGUGGAUUUGAAGAUGCUUUAAACAUUUUGGGCUUGAUGAGAAAUCAGGGAUAUCCUCCUUCCACUGAUCCGAUUUUAGACCAUAUAUCAAAGUCCGGGAGUGGUGAUGAUGCUGUUCUGUUUCUGAAGGCAAUGACUUCGAAGAGGUUUCCCUCUACAUCCGUGGUUCUCCGAAUGUUUGAUGCGUUUUUUAAGCGUGGAAGACAUGAAGAAGCACAAAAUUGCCUUUCAAAAUGUCCGCAAUACAUUCGAAACCACGCUGACGUUUUGAAUCUCUUUUGUUCCAUGAACUCUAAAGAAGGUGCUGCUUCUUCUGGAUGAAAUGUGUAGUUUCCAUUCUACCUCAAUUCCUGUCUUCUACAUCAGCAUAUGCGACUGAACAACAACAACAAACAAAUAACUUGUGCUGGUAUUUGGAUCAUCCACAUUUUUACAUUCAAUUCAUUCUAUUCUAGAUUCUACUACGCCCGUGGUCUGGGUUACAGUUUUAUGCAAUGUGAUCAAAAGGUGUUGCCAAACUUUGUUA